CAUAUAUGUCUUCUCUGUUUGUUUCCUGUGAAAAUUUUUCAAAACAAUCCCGACCCAGAAUUCCUGCACCUCCCAAACUUCCACGAAUCAAACCCCUACAUUUUCCCAAUGCUUUAAUGCUAAAUUUUGGGUUUUUCUUUGGUUUUGGUGUUAUUUUUACCAAAAUCAAUGGCUUCUUCUACGCCAGUACCCAAAUUAUUUAUCUUCUUUAUCAUCAUCUUCACUUUGACUUGUACACUAACAACCACAUGUUCUCUACCUUUUGUCGUCUUCCAUGGGAUUGCAGAUAAAUGCAGUGCUACAGGAGUCAAACGUUUCGUCAAGCUUCUAACCAAUUGGACGGGUUCUCAAGGAUAUUGCGUAGAAAUUGGAAAUGGAGUAUGGGAUUCUUGGUUUAUGCCCCUUCUUGAACAGACAACAAUUGCUUGUGAGAAGGUGAAGAAAAUAAGUGAACUCAGUGAAGGUUACAACAUAGUCGGACUUUCUCAGGGAAAUAUGGUUGGCCGAGGGGUUGUUGAGUUUUGUGAGGGAGGACCUCCAGUGAAGAAUUUCAUAUCAUUAGCAGGUCCUCAUGCUGGGAUAGCUUCUGUUCCAUUUUGCGGAUCUGGCUGGUUGUGCAUUCUCGUGGACUAUUUAAUCAAGUUAGCGGUUUACAGCACCUAUGUCCAGAAACACCUGGCACCUGCUAGUUAUAUCAAAAUCCCAACAGACAUUAAAGGCUAUCUAGAAGGAUGUAGGUUCCUCCCAAAACUUAAUAAUGAACGUGUGGAUCAUAGAAACUCCACUUACAAAGAACGGUUCUCUAGCUUGCAGAAUUUGGUGCUUAUAAUGUUCGAACAGGACGCAGUUUUGGUGCCAAAGGAAACCUCCUUGUUUGGGUACUAUCCAGAUGGAUCUUGGAGCACGGUUUUGCCUGCUCAAGAGACAAAGCUCUACACAGAAGAUUGGAUCGGUUUGAAAACGUUGGAUGAAGCUGGGAAGGUGAAAUUCAUAAACGUGUCAGGGGGUCAUCUCCAUAUCUCUCCAAGCGACAUUGAGAAAUACAUUGUACCGUACUUGUUGGAUGAAGCUUCCAUACAACUGGCGAAGAUAGCUAAACCAUAUCACGGAGAAUAGUCUUUCUUCUGCAUAAUCAAAAUUAGUUUUGAAUGCCUUCAUUUCCUACAUGAACUGGCAACAAUUGUUUAGAUUGAGAAGGCUUAUUUUUUGUCACAUACUGUUAAUUCAUUUAUGUAACCAUCUUUUGAUGGCUUUUUUUUAAUCUUUCUAAGUCUGGGACGAACAUUGUAUGCCAUGGGUUGGUGUAACUGUUUGUGUUGUUCUUACUUAGACGUGCGAGAAAAAGAAAAA